GUGUUGGGGGGUUUGGGAGUUUGUAAACGGAACUACAGUGCGGGUGAAGAAACGCGACGGACAUUUUCUUUGGUUGGACACAACACGAGCACGAGCUUCUCCUGCGGGAAUCAUGACUCGCUGGGCCAGAGCUAACAAUGUUCAUAAAGCCAGACCGACCGAACCGACUCCGUGGGCCGAACUCAGAACCCCCCAGCCCCACCAGAACAGAGGGAACACAGCCCAGCAGAGCCGGAGGGAGGAAGGAAUGGAUGAGAGAGGAAAGAGGAAGGAGGGAGGAGUGGAUGAGAAAGAGAGCAGGAGAGAGGCAGGUGUAGAGGAGAGAGGGAACAGGAGAGAGGGAGGUGUAGAGGAGAGAGGGAACAGGAGAGAGGGAGGUGUAGAGGAGAGAGGAAAGAGGAGGAAGGGAGAAGUGGAUGAUGUAAAUGGGUUUAUGGAGUAUUUAAAGAGAACAGGUCAGUCCCUCGCUCACGGAUCAGCAGCUCCUCUGGAUUCAGGCGAAGAAGGUUUUGCUUCGUUUCUCAGGAAAGAUCAGAGGAGAGAGAAGCGCCGUCUGAAGAGACUUCAGGCUAAAAGCAGCAGCAUGGUUUGCUUUAACUGCAGGAAGCCCGGCCAUGGACUCGCCGACUGCCCUGAAGCUGAUGGUGAUGAAGAGCUGGGCCGAGGGAUCUGCUACCGCUGUGGAUCUACUGAGCAUGAGAUCCAGAGAUGUAGAGCUAAAGUAGAUCCUGCUUUGGGUGAUUAUCCAUAUGCCAAAUGUUUUAUUUGUGGUCAGACUGGUCACCUGUCCAGAUCCUGCCCGGAUAACCCACGGGGUCUCUACGCUGCAGGGGGUUGCUGUCACGUCUGUGGUUCUGUGGAACACUUCCAGAAGGAUUGCCCAGAACAUCAGAACUCUGGAAGUUCAGUCACUCUGCGCCGCCUUUCCAACCAGAUCAGCGCUGAUCAGGAGGACGUCCACGUUUCUGUAAAACGAGCUCCACACAAGAAAACCAAGAUGGUGAUGUUCUGAGCGAAACCUGCCAGUCAAAAGAUUAUAUUAUUAUUAUUAUUAUUAUUAUUAUUAUUAUUAUUAUUAUUAUUAUUAUUAAUUGGAUGUGUCCAGUGAGCUUAAUGUUUAAAUUCUUUGAAUGUUAAAAAAUAAAGAUUUACAUGAAAAGAC